UACGGAGCUCUUGUGCAGGACAACGUGUCUGCUCACAAGAGCACUCACACUACUGAGCGCUUACGAAGCAUUCUGCAUCUUCCUCAAGAUUACCGCGGUUUUAAGCUCAUCAUGGAGCUUGAACGAAAACUUGCAACAGAACACACUGAUCUUGCCGUGUACGUUUCGCAUUCAUCACCCAAAGCGAACACCAUCCUAAGUGAUGUGCAGUCCGCCUCCGGUGUCAAUGAUUCGGUUGUAAAUUGUGCCGUAGUGAUGUGGAGCUUGUUGUUGUCCGUGGUAGUACCAAUAUGCCCUCAAAUUAUUCCGGAGCCCACUAGACCUAUUGAUCUAUGGAAUCCAUUUGGACCAACGUCAACACCUCGCCCAAAAAACCAGGGUCUCAUGACGAAUGAAGUGGCUGUGCGAUUGUCCAUUGGUGAUCUGAUUGGGAAAAAAUUGUUGCUGGAAAACUUGCCAUGGACUCCAAGUCAAGAUCCGUCCGAGCAGUUACCACCACAGCGAUCGCAUUUCGAGCCGAGUCCAUUGCCGCGACGUAAUAAUGUCACAAUAUUCACCUUUCUCGGAGUGCCAUAUGCAGAACCUCCUGUUGCACAGCGUCGCUUGAAACCACCGCAACUUAUUCGAGAGUUACCAACGCAGCCGUAUUUGGCAUUUCAAUUCGGCGCCACUUGCGCCCAAGAUGUAGAAACUCGUCCACAAAUCUUUGUCAAUGAUCCUUAUCCAUUCAUUGUCAACGAGGACUGUUUAUACUUGAACAUAUUCUCUCCAGACGUUUCAAAAGUAUCCGGUAUGUCUUAUCCGGUCAUGGUAUUCUUCCACGGCGGUAACUUUCAAACCGGCUCUGCCAAUGAAUGGCCCGCUCAUGGCCUAGCGUCACGCGGCAUGGUUGUGGUCACGGUGAAUUAUCGCCUUGGUGCAUUGGGAUUCAUGAGCCUUGGCGAUUCUCUUUCCGGAAAUUAUGGUCUCAUGGAUCAGCGACUCGCUCUUCAGUGGAUCCGGGACCAUAUAGCAGCUUUCGGAGGAGAUCCACAAGCCGUGACUGUCGUAGGCCAUGAUGCAGGAGCUGUCUCAGUGGGGAUGCACAUGCUGUCGCCGUUAUCCAAAAGCUUGUUUCGCUCUGCUGCCGCAAUGUCAGGUGCCGAGGUGUCGUAUCACUCGUAUAUUGGUAAGCCGGCCCUCGCUUUCAAUAACACUAUCAAAUUGGGACGCUAUCUUGGAUGUAUUCAAUCCAUUGCACAUGACGUUUGGAACUGCAUUUUAUCGCGGUCAACGAAUGACAUUGUUCGAGCCACAACGGAUAUCCCAAUAGAAUACAAUCGUUAUCUUUUCCUUCCCACUGUCGACGGCGUGAACAUCCCGGGAAAUCCACUCUGGAUAUUAAAUAAUGCUCCGACUGGACUUGCAGCUAUACCAAGUGCAGUGCCUCUGCUAAUAGGAAUGAAUGCGCAGGAUGGUACAGAGGUUAUUCUUGAGGACCGACUUUUGGGCGAAUUCAACGACUUUAACAACGUCGAUCAAGAAUAUUUUCGAAGUUACGCGCUAGAGUACGCAUUCCGCCACAACUACAGCAUGAAUCGCGAAGCAAUUGUGGAAGCGAUCAUUGACCGGUACACCUUCUGGCCUGAUCCUGCCGAUGAGUGGGCUGUCCGAAAUUCAUUCAUCCAAUUCGCCACUGACGCAUACUACACUGCUCCUAUAAGUCUUUCUGCUCACCUUCACUCAGCAGCCGGCUCGCGUACUUUUAUGUACGUGAACAACUACAAUCUAUCAAGAACCGGCUUUAUACCAGGAUGGAUGGGGUCCUGCAGAGAGUGUGACUUAUAUUUGCUGUUUGGUUAUCCUUAUUUACCAGACGAUCUGCGACCUUACCAUUUACGCGGUGUAAAUUUCACAGAUAUGGAUCGCAAUGCGAGUCAAGUCUUCUCGAACAUAUUCAGGCGUUUCGUCUAUCAUCAAAAUCCGAACUUUCUGUAUGACGGGUCAUGGGCUGCUCUUGAACCUCGGCGUCAUUGGUAUAUGAACUUUAAUUAUUCUCACUGGUCUGAAAUGUCUAUACCUGGAAAACUGGAGCGAGACUACCUGUAUCAAGAAGUUGCUUUCUGGAAUGAGUACAUUCCGGCGUUGGUGAAUUACAUGACAACAACGUUUCCUCCAUCAGAAGUCUCAGUCAGGCGGCAAUUAAUGGUCUUUCAAUGGGUUGUGGCUAUAGUAGUCGCUUUUUUGCUACUGUUUAUUGUAUUAACGGGUGGGUUUGCGUAUCAAGUUUGUGAACGGUCGCAAAGUUCGGGUGAUAUCAAAGAAUCUCAUCGCUUAGUCGAACAUGUGGAUAAUUUUAAUUCGGCCACUUCCUCCAUCCAUGAGCCUCAUUUUCAUCGUGAUUAUGUUGCCUUCAGAAGGUUCUUCUUCCUCGAUUUUGUUUUAGUUGGGAUAAUGGCACCGCCCAAGAUUGUGAAGAAGGGUAAGGUCUCUAAGGCACUUGAUGCCAAGAAGAAGGUGGCCAAGGGGCAGAAAACCGUGCAGAAGAAGAAGGUGCGCACAUCUGUACACUUUCGUCGGCCCAAGACCCUGAAGACGCCGAGAAUUCCUAAGUAUCCUCGUAAGUCUGCCCCUGCACGAUGCAAGCUUGAUUCCUUCGCUAUCAUCAAGCAUCCAUUAACGACCGAGUCUGCGAUGAAGAAAAUCGAAGAUCACAACACGCUUGUCUUCAUCGUUGAUGUGCGAGCGAACAAGCACCAAAUUCGGGCAGCUGUGAAGAAGUUGUACAAUAUUGAGGUGCAAAAGAUUAACACACUUAUCACUCCCCUUAUGGAGAAAAAGGCCUACAUUCGCUUGACGACGGAUUAUGAUGCCUUAGAUUGCGCCAAUAAGAUCGGAAUCAUAUGA